CACUGUAGCUUGAAGAACUCGGUGGGCGGACAGUCACCGUUGAUUGGCUGGAGUGAUAAUCAAACCAAGGUUGUGAGGAUUGAACCAGGAAAUAGAUAACUAGAGAAUAUAUUCUUCUUUUAUCCUGUCUAGUAAGGAAACAAUGGGGAAGAAGGAAGCGAAUGCUGCCAGGCUGCCGGUCGAUCAGUACCGCAAACAAAUUGGAAAGCAGGAUUAUAAGAAAACCAAGCCAGCUCUGCGAGCCACACGCCUGAAGGCAGAGGCGAAGAGAAGCGCUCCGGGAAUCAGGGACGCUGUCCUUGUCGUCGUGGCAGUGCUGGCGUUCCUCCUGGCUGUGUAUGCCCUCUUCUACCUCAACCUGAGCACGGAGCUGGACCUGGACGUGGAGGUGGACUAAGGCACACUUCCAUCCCCCAGUACCGCAUGACAGACAAUCACGCCUGCUGCUUUCCACUUCACAAAGCCUGCCCAUGGACCUAUGGAUCAUAGCUCAGGAGAUUAAAAGCAGGAAAGCCAGCUACUGAUUGAGUGUGUGUCUGGAAUACUGAAGGGUUUGUUCUCUGUCAAAUGUGUCAUCCUAUCCCAUCUUAUUAGCAUCUUAAAUACUGUCAGCUUCUAUGAAUAAGUAGCAAUACAAGGCAUCUAACUUUGUCUUGAAGUAAAAAGACAUUCAACUCUCUGCUUUUGUGCACACCUGUAGGUAUGUGUAUGUGAAGAAAAUGAAAAUCUUUGCCCCUAAUACUCCCUGACCUGUAGUGCUGUUGGAUUUCCUGUAUACGGUUUUCUGACACAUACACGGGGGGCAUGGGGCGGUGUAUAAAGGUUGAUGAUAUUCAAGAUUAAUUUAUGGUUCUUUUCACAUUGCAUAUUGGAACUUGUGCAAACAUUCAGAGCUGACUUAUUUCAUUCCAGAGAGUGGGAGUUUGUUUAUUAUUCCCUCCAUGAAGUGCACGUCUCCUGCUUAGGAUUAGUGUCAUGCUGCUCGAUGCAUGUUUUCAUGGGAAGGAUCACUGUUAUCAUUAAUUGAAGGACUGAUGCUCAAUCGAACAAAACAUUUUCUGUGCCCCAUUUUUAUUUGAAGGAAAAUUCAUUUGUGACAAGACUGUAUUCAAUCAAAAUAAAACAUUGUAUAAUA